AUGGAUGUUUUCGCCCACGUGCCACUGCUGGCCGAGGAGAAAGGCGUGCACUACUGUUACGUGUCUUCGCGACAUCAACUCGGUGCUGCUUGCCAGACACGACGGCCCAUCAGCUUGGUCAUGGUUCUGGAGCCCAAAGGUGACGCCACUUACAGCAAGACCUACGAGCAGGCCGCGUGCCUGAAGGGCACGCGCCUGAGCCGCCGGAGCCAUGUGCGAGCCUGGCAGUGGGCUGCCGUGAUGGGAUGCGGUGGCAGCGCCUGGAGAGGCCACCAGUAUACUCCGAGUUGCGCACGGCCCUGCAACACGUGCGAUGCUGUCUGCACAUUGCACAGACGAGGGUUCUUCGACACUGCAGAAUGCUCCUUGUGCGCCACUUCCUCUAUGAGCUUCAGCUGGGCUUGUGUGCACAAGUGCGGCUUCCAGGUUUGUUUGCCAUGUGAACUCAACAUCGCCAUGGACGGGGACAGCGUGGAACGACUGCAGAUGGCUCUGCAUGCAGUCGAGCACCACGAAGCAAGGGAUCCCGGGGUGGCAGCUGCAUCGCUUCAGCUGCAGCUUUGCGAUCGGCUCGAUAUGGCUUGCUGCCUCACCUCCUUCCAACAGCUGGAGGAAGCCAUUUCUGCCGCCGAAGGGCGGGAGGCUUUGAUGGUCCGGUCGCGUGUGCAGCUUCUUCUUCAGCGGCUGGACCUCCUCGCUGACAUUGACUUCGAGCUCCGCAGAGCCACAGAAGGAAACAACAUCGAGCUGCUCCAGGAUCGGCUCCAUCGUGCCGAGGAGACCUGUGCUGACACGCCGAGCCGGAUUCUGAAGGCGGUCACCGGUGUGAAGACGCUACUGUACACACUCUCCGGGACUGUUGUGCGUGUUCGGUUGUCUUCGUCGGAGGUAGAUUGCCAGGCACAAGUGGGAGAGCAAAAGAGAGCGAGGAGCAUGGCCUGGAUGCUCCAGAAAGACUUCGCCUCGCCCGUCGACGACUGGCUCAAUGAGUCACUGGAGGCAGCGGUAGCAGUGCCGCAGGAAAUCCGAGAAGCGAUCGCCGGCUGCAUGGAAGCGCAGCUUGAGCCCGAGCAGCAGCCGGCCGUGGUGGCAGCCCAGGCCCGACUGGACGUUCUGAAGGCAGCGGCGGAUUUGGCAGAGGCGAGCCUCAACUUCGAUGCCGAUGCACUGCAACUUGCUUUAGAGGACGCACGGCGUGUCGCCAUCGAUGCAGCGCGGCUCAGUGAGGCAGAGGACCUGCUUGCAGAGCUCAGUGUGAUGUGCGCGGAAGGUCACAGGCUCCAAAGACUGCGCGGGGAGGUUCCGCCUUGUGCUUGCCAGGGCUGCUAUGCGCAGUCGGAUGCUAAGGAGUUGACGUGGUCGCGCUGCGAGCCCUGCGACUACGCCCUGUGCCAUCACUGUGUUGCAUGGCGCGCCAAGGGCCGCCGGCGAUUUUUGGAGGAGUCGCCAGAGGCCGAGGAGGCCGAGGAGGUCGAGGCCGAGGCCACUCGGGCGUCCUUGGGCGCCGGGUCCGCAGAAGGCCCGUCUUUUGAGGCACCCGAGGCACCCGAACUGCCGGGAGCGGUUGCAUCGGAAGACUCAUCUCCGGUCUUCUCACUUGGCUUUGACGAGGCUGAUCAUAGGAAGUGGUUUGACCGCUGGGCCGCACGGAUGUGUGCGCAAAGUGCACAGUGGGAAUUAUUUCGCGGAGGCGAGUGGGUUCCAUUUGGUAUCGGCCUGUGCAACAAGCUCACAGCUGCCCUAGCAACCGGCGAUAGCACGUUUCGAUAUGUAGCCACGAACAGGCAGGUACAUGUUUUCAGUUUUGACACGAUGGAGCAAGUCAUCUUGGCUACCGGCAAGCGGAGAUCUAUGCGGCGAGUCCUCUGGGAAAUCGAGUUAGACAUUGGGUGGGUUCUCGUUGAGGAGGAAUUGGCUCUUCAGUUGCAGAUGCAGGAGGUGAAGGAAGAAAUCUCCUUCGAGUAUUUCGCAGGGGGAAUGAAAUACACGGUCAACUUUUUCGAACGGAAGCAGCUUAACUUGGAGCUCGGCACGAAACGUUCCUUACGCAAAGUGGCACUGCAAGAUGUGGUCCCGAAAAUGAGCAGGCAGCAGCUGCGAAUGGCCUUGGAGGACGACUUUCCAAAGUUUGCCUGUGCGACUCGCCAGUGGAUCAUGAUUCGAUGGCCAUGGCAACAGAUCGGGGACUGCAGUAUCGACGCUUGUCAGUUCGUGGAGACAGGCUUGGCUGAUGAGAUUGCAUCAGGGCUUGCAGGCAUGCAAGAAGGUGUCCCGCAACUAGGAGGCAUUCUUCAGAAUAUUCUUUGGUUCGACUACGUGGAUGAUGUCAAAAUGGAGCGAUUGACACAAAAGCAGGUGGUCAACGCGGUCGCCCAGGACUCUCGAUGGCGAUGGGGCCACGCCGGUGCGGAGGAUGCUGUCAGCGCGCUUUGGGUCGAUCUAGGGCUCGUGGCCACGGAACCCGUGAGCAAGCUGGAGUGUCUGGUUGCAGGUGGCUUAGCUGACGAGCUGGCAAAUGCUUUGACAUCGAGCUCGGCUACUGUGGAUGACUGGAUCAUGGAUAAUAAGCAGCCGCUUUGGGAAGGUCAAGAUUGCGCACUUUGCUAUUGCGCCAUCGGCCAGACAGAUGCCGGCCGGCGAAUGCGCUGCGGAUGCUGGCUUCAUUUUGAGUGCCUCGGUCAUGGGCUGAAGGUGCUCAUAAACGAGCACACCGUGGAUGAUCAACGCAUGAGCACCUGCCCGGCAGCAUGCGGCCGGCCACUGGGCCGAAUCAUGCCACCCGGCGUGAUUCACAGAGCCGUUGGCGACGAGCUCUUUGCCAAGUACCUGGAUUUGCGUGUAGAGGUCCAGUGGCAGAAGGAAGCAAUGGACUCGGGAAAACUGGUGGCGAAAUGUCCCGGCUGCAGCUUCCUGGUUCUGUGCAACGAGCUUGAGGAGAUGCACUCCAUCAAGUGCUUGCGGAAAGGCUGCGUCGUGGAUCGCUUUUGCGCAUUCUGUGGCAUGGCACCACAUCGGCCCUGGACUUGCAAAGAGCGUGCGCUUCAGGACGCCGUGCCGCAGGCACGACAAAGAAUCGAAGAGGCACUCGUGGAAGCACUGCACAGGAGGUGUCCAGGAUGUGCAAUGCCUACCGAACGGACGGAUGCAUGCUGCCAUAUGACUUGUUCCAACUGCAGAAUCGAAUUUAGUUGGGUAUGUGGCAUGGAGUAUGGCCACUGCCGUGCGAACCAUCCGUGCUUGAACGGAGCUAUCUAUUUGCACGCGAUGCCGCAGCUCGUUGCCAUCUUGGCAGAGCGUGGGCUGGAAGCAUCGGACCACAACGGAAGCGACCUCUUUCUGGAGUUGCGCUGCAUCUACUUGCUCUCGCAAGUCCGGGCGGAAGUGGGCGAAGAAUCCUGGACGAGAACGCGUGUGGAGCAUCCUGAACUUCUCACGGAUGUGAUCCGGAGUUCAUGGAGCAUUCCUUGGAAUGAAAUUGGGAAUGUGCGGCGGCUGACGAAACUGCUGCCUUAUGCCUUUCCAGCAUUUGAGAAGUCGGCCCGGUCGGACCGUGGCGCUGAGGUGAAGCCCCGGCUGCUCUCUGUGUUGGACGAGAUGAUGUGA